AUGGAGUCGAGGUCAUUUAAUGUUAUGGAUGACGAAAAACUCAUAGAAGUUAUUCGUAACUAUCCUGUCAUUUAUAAAUUGAGUGACAAAAAUUAUAAGGACAAUUGCAUUAAAGAUAAUGUUUGGAAAGAAAUUUCACAGUCCAUUGUAAAAAACGUAAAUGAUUGCAAGACAAGAUGGCGCACAAUAAGAGAUUCAUAUAAAAAAAAUUUAAAGAAACGAAGAUUAGGUACCGGUUCAGCAGCUACAACAAAAUCGAAGUACAAUGACGAUUCAUUAAGUUUUUUAGAUAAUAUCGAAAACGAAAGAAGGUAA